CUUUAGUCAACAUGUAAAUACUGGCUAGCUGCAGCUUCGCGUUCUAUCAUUGAAGCCGCCGAUUCCUGCUUCUCCAAACAGGGUACGAUUUCUUAUUCUUCUCCGGACAAGGAAAGACCCCUUUUGACAUCAAGUGAAUUGUUGUGCUAUUCUUUUCAGUUCUCAAUUUGGUGUAACUGCCACAAACUUGGGAUUGUACUGCAGCUAUUGAGGUAGUGGCAUUUGAAGGUGUUGAAAGAGGAGGAAUGUCUAUGCAUCUAGUAUGUACUCGCCUUGUUAAUGUUUUGAUGAGAUCAUCCUUCGAAGACGAGGAACCUGUUGAUCAAAAGAAGUAUCUUGAGGAAUCUUGCAAGCCUAAAUGUGUGAAGCCCCUACUUGAAUAUGAGGCAUGUGUUAAGAGGAUUAAAGUUGACGAAUCUGGGCACAAGCACUGCACAGGACAGUACUUUGAUUAUUGGUCUUGUGUUGAUAAAUGUGUUGCACCAAAAUUAUUCUCAAAACUGAAGUAAUUGAGAGGCUUUUGGGGCAGCUCAUUCGUUGUGUUUGAACUUUGUACUCUUUGCAACAUCAGCUGAAUUUUGUCAGAAGUUUUCUUGGAUUGCUUGAAGCAUCCCUUAAUGAUUGUGAAACCUUUUUGACUUUAGAAUAAAGGAAGUUAUCUUGAAUUGCUGACAAUUUUAUGCUAUUGCAGUUUAUGAUGAAAUAGAAAAAUGAAUGAUAUAUGAUUGUGUUAAA